AUGCUUUCAUUCAGCAGACUGGCUGUUUUGGCCCUGCCUCUCUUCGGCACUGUGUUUGCAGAGGAGCCUGCGUCCCCGACCAAGGAUGCCGCGCAGCCCAACUCCAUCUACUCGAGCGCGCAAGAAGCCUUCCACGACCUCCUCAACGCCCUGCCCGAAGAGUCCCUCCAAGCCGCUCUGAGCGGCCUGAAGGACUUCCAAAAAGGCGUCUUCGAAAGUCACCACCGCGGCGUCGAGCAAGUGCACGACAAGAACCCAGCACUCGCAACCAAACUCAUCGUCGCCGCCGUCCAGGACCUCAAGAAACGCCAGACGCCCUCCAACGGCACCUCCGCCUCCCCACCACCCCAGUCCUCCGCUCAACCCCCCCUCGAAAGCAGCGCCGCGCCCCCUCCCCAGGACUCCAGCGCCGCUGCUCCCACCUCCAACGCCCCUCCCGCCGAGACGACCACCACCGACCGCGCCGUCAUCAUCCCCGUCCCGCAAACCACGACCAACGCCCAAGGCCAAACCGUCGUCCAAACAACCUCCGUCCUCUCGCAAGCCACCGCCUCCGUCCCCGUCACCAUUGUCCGCACAAACGCUGCCGGCGCACCCGUCACCACCACCGAGAACCGCCCCGCCGUCGUCCGCACAACCACCGACUCUGCCGGCCGCGCGAGCGUCAUUACGUCCGCGGCGCAAUUCGCGCCCACGCCCGGCGAAGUGCGCACCGAGACGGACGGCAGCGGCAGGACGUUUUUGACCACCUACACCCCCGGCGGCGGCAAGAUUAGCAGCAUCAAGCUGAUUACGACGACGGGCGCGGAUGGAAAGCCGAGCACGGUUACGAGCUACACGUUUGUGGAUCCGGCGGAGCAGACGGCGAGUUCGGCGACGGCGGCGGGCACGGGGCGGCCUGGGUUGCAGAGUGGUGCGGCGGAAGUGAAGAGAGUUGGGUUCGGAGCUGCGGUUAUUGGGGGCGCGGUUGCGAUGUUCUUGUAG